GCACCGGCUGCACAGUGGCAAGCUGUGUCUGAUUAUCCUGACAUGCAUAGCAGAGGAUCAAUAUGCUAAUGCUUUUUUGCAUGAUGACAACAUGAAUUUUCGAGUAAACCUACAUAGGAUGCCAAUGAGACACAGGAAGAAGGCAGCAGACAAGAACCUGCCCUGUCGCCCGCUGGUGUGUGCAGUGCUAGAUUUGAUGGUGGAGUUCAUUGUAACACACAUGAUGAAAGAAUUUCCUAUGGAUCUCUAUGUGCGGUGUAUUCAGAUUGUGCAUAAGCUGCUGUGCUACCAGAAGAAAUGCAGAGUGAGGCUUCAUUACACCUGGAGGGAGCUCUGGUCAGCUUUGAUCAACUUGUUGAAGUUCCUCAUGUCUAAUGAGACUGUUUUGCUGGCUAAACACAACAUCUUCACCCUGGCUCUUAUGGUCGUGAACUUAUUCAACAUGUUCAUCACUUACGGAGACACCUUUCUCCCCACUCCCAGCAGCUAUGAUGAGCUGUAUUAUGAAAUCAUUCGGAUGCAUCAGAAUUUUGACAACCUUUAUUCUAUGGUUCUAAGGCUUUCUACCAAUGCUGGUCAGUGGAAGGAGCCUGCAAGCAAGGUGACCCAUGCAUUAGUCAAUAUUAGAGCCAUCAUCAAUCACUUCAACCCGAAGAUAGAGUCUUAUGCUGCGGUGAAUCACAUAUCACAGCUCUCCGAGGAUCAGGUUUUGGAAGUGGUGCGAUCCAACUAUGACACACUGACCCUGAAGCUGCAGGAUGGACUGGACCAGUACGAGCGCUACUCAGAACAGCAUAAAGAGGCUGCCUUCUUCAAAGAGCUGGUUCGGUCCAUCAGCAUUAACGUGAGGAAGAACCUCGCGUUCAACACACUGAGCCAGGAGCUCCUGCUGCAAGAAUUCUCCACCAUCUCGUGAACCGGGGCACGGCCUCCGCGCAGGGCUGAGCAGACACGGGCCUGGCCGGCGGGGACACUGCACGUCUGCGGCCGGUGCGCCCUGCCUGCCGCCUGCAUAAAGGGACUGCGUUUCUGUUGGGGGGGAAGCCUUGCUGCUGUGUGUUUGAUCCCAAAGGAGUGUGUUCCAAGAGAAAUGUGGCUCAGGAGAGGUGAUUGCCGUGUGGAGGAGGAGGAGGAGGGAGCAAUUUUGCAAGGUGCCAUCGGGGUGGGCAGCUCUUCCUGGUGAGUAGCAAUGGGAGAUUCCCUCUGCAGCCUCAGGGAAGAUGCACUGAAAACCUUUGUAGCAGAGCUGAGGAAAGCUCACAA